AUGGAGCCCAAGACUAAUGGCUGCGUAAAGGUGAACUUUGAUGCCAUCGGUCAAUCGCUGACGGCCCAAGUCAAGCCAGGACCACGCAGUUCAGAGUCUAGGUCGAACAAGUACAGCUUCUUCAGCGAGAUCGAUGACGUUGCCAUGAGAACAUAUUCUCCUGCCCAGAUAGCAACCAUUUUGCAGCAAAGAGAAGAUGCUGAUAGAUCUGCUCAGCUCCAGCAUGUGCUGGCAUCGGAAGUUCGCUCCAAAACCGUCAGAAGACGACCUCUUACCUACCUACCCAGUUCUAGCUCAUCCAGCUCAACCCAACUGCCGCUGCCGCCCGGCUUUGCAGCUCCCGACCAGAGAAAGCGAGCUUGGGUCCCGGAUGAUAGCUUUGAAUGCCAGUUCAAGUGCUGUCAUGCCUGUCGACCUACCUGCGAGCCCCGAAGCUACUUGAGCCUUGACGGGGUUGCUGAUGGGGACAUUCCUCCCAGUGCCGCCGCAGGCUUUGGUUUCCAUCAUUGUGGUAUCCGACCUAUUGGUGACGCAAAUGUUGUCAAGAACAUUGGUUACCGACCUGUACCUUUGCCAAGGUCGGUCCUUUGCACUUCCGGUUCCCCUCGAUCAUCGCUAUGGAGUAUGCUGAAUGUCAUUGAUGAGCAAAUUGUCGAGCUUGCACGCGUCGAGGAUGCCGCUACUUCCAAGAACGUUGCUACGAAGGAGUUCAACAAUGAGAUCACUAGACCUGCCAAAGCGUCAAGUGAGAUCUCUCAUCUGCAUGACAGUUCCAGUCAUACGCGAGACAACGACAUCGCAGAACGCCAGAACUGCUUCAUUCGUGCGUGCGCCACACCGCUGCCUACUCCGACUCAGCAGGAAGAAACAUUCUUUCGCGAAACGUUGACACAGAUGGAAGAGCAAGAGAUUGAAGAGGGCCGUUUCCACAAAACCCCCCUGGAAGUUGCUGACGGCAUUGCCGUCUUGGAGGAGAGCGUUGAAAUGCAUGUCCCUGACGUAAUGACGCAGUUUUGA